AUUCAAAAAAUUCAAUUUGUACUUUACCUAAUGAAAAACUAUUUCUACAGACUACAUUUAAUGUAUUUGUCGAUACCUUGGUAAUUAUGCUUCGUAAACAUUACCAGUAGGGGUGACAUUGAAGAAAGUUCGGCUCAAAUAAAACAGUUCUGUUAAGAUACAGGCAGCAGACCACGGAAGAAAAGGGAAAUAAAUAAAAAUCUUUGCACCAAAGAAUAUCUUGACAAAUCAGGGGAAGAACAUUUGGUUAUUUUCAGAAAUUAAGAGCAGAGCAAGUGUUUGAGCAGCACUCAUUGUGGAUGUUGUUAGAGGCGCUGAUGGUCGUCAUUGAACACCCGCUCCACUAACCCCCUCCUCUCCUUGACCUGCUGGUGACAAAGUGCAUUGGUCCAGGACUGGGAGUAGACUGCUGGAUGUGAAUAACAUUCAGUGAUGAUGCUUCCGGCAACUUUCUAUCGCUUUUCUUCUCAUUAAAUAUCUCGUCUUUCACAUUAUCAUGUAUAUGUAUAUAGUCUUGCUAGUACGAGCACUAUCUUGAGUUGCCACAGGAGAUAAAGCUGUAUUAUUAAAAUGGAAGCGGCACGAGAACCACAGCUCCUACAAACCACCUUAGCACUGCCCAUCCGGGUGGGAUAUGCUGUAUCCAUACCUCAUGGGGUGCCGGAAAGGCACUAAAACCAGAAUUUUUUUCUAUUUAAAAAAAAAAAGAGGUUUGACAACUACGUUGGGAAGAAAGCCAAGAGGGGAAGAUGCUGCCGUCUGACAACAUUGCCAUGACGAGGUACAGCACCGUAAGAUAACCGCCUGUUCCUCGUCACACCUUUACCUUACUCAAGAGAAUUCGAAGCUUCAGUUAAACACUUCAUGAUAUAAAGCCUCUGUGAUAUUAUUAUGUGUCCUGGAGCAGCAAGUAUGAGGUCUGAGUUGAGGCUGACAUCUACAUUAGCUACUUUUGUUAUGUUUAUGCUGAUGUUUGCACAAGGUAUUCCCGUCGGAACGAAGCACAAAGACCACUGUGACAAUGGCUGGGAACAUUUUGAAGAAAGCUGCUACGUGCUUAUUGCAGAUGAAGUCAACUACCCGAGCUCUCUGGAUAUUUGCAAAAAACUAGGAGGCUAUCUUGUUGAAAUCAACUCUGAAAGAGAAAACACGUUCCUUCGUCUUUUUUUUGGAAAAAAAAUGGAGAGAGUGUGGCAGGGAAUAAACGACAUUUCUCAAGAAGGUCGCUGGGUGUUCAGCAGGACAGGCUACAGGGUGCUCGGCACUUACUGGCAUAAAGGGGAGCCGAAUAAUUAUGACAACGAGGACUGUGCAAUAUUCGACUACAGGGCAACUUGGUUCGACAUAUCUUGCAAUUCUCUUUUUCCUUUGAUUUGUGAAAAACAGAGCUGGCGCUAACAUUACAAAAAUGUCAGGGAAGAGUGGUAAGAGGAGACAAUGCCAUGCAAAGCUUUGGAAGAAUGAAGCAGGAAAAGCUUCACAAGUUCUCCGUCAGCACCUGAUGAAGAACUGUAGUGAAUGAUGCCCUUGGCUCCAACUGUCUCCAGUAAAGGCUCUUAGUUCACUUGUUUCUUGUCAAGGCACUUCAAUGUUGUUGUACAACUUUACUGUGAUUAUCGUGUCCUCGUUACAUUAAAUGUUUCCUUGUGAUCUCACCUUUGUUUGUACGGAUUUGUGUGUUGGACAUCCCACUUUCUUGUGGCCAGCUUUGUGUGAAGAGAGAACACAUCUCAUCCCUUUCGUU